AUGAUGAGCUCAAGCUAUUGGAGUGAGAGCAGCAGCGGCAGCUGUGGGACCCAGCAGCCCACAGAGGUACUGCAGUACCAGCCUCAGCAUUACCACUGUUACCAUCAGUCAAGUCAAGGCCAGCAGCCUCCAGAAAAAGGUGUCGUGUAUGAGCGAGUGAGGACCUACAGUGGGCCUAUGAACAAGGUGGUGCAGGCCUUGGACCCCCUCGGCUCACGGGAAGUGCUCUCCCCCCUCAAAACUGCCUCCUCCUACCAAAAUUUGGUUUGGAGUGACCAUUCUCAGGAGCUCCAUUCUCCAACUCUGAAAAUCUCUACUUGCGCGCCAAGCACUCUACAUAUAACACAAAAUGCUGAACAGGAACUUCAUUCUCCAACAGUGAAAGUUACUACGUAUCCACAAACUACCAUUAGGAGAUACAUAGUACAAAACCCUGAACAGGAACCAUUGUCUCCUUUCCUAAGAGGCGGCCACUUCUUCCCAGGAAACAAUGUAAUUUAUGAAAAAACAAUAAGAAAAGUGGAGAAGCUAAAUACAGAUCAGGAAUGUUGUCCUCAAAUUCAGUGCCAUCAUCAUGUCAUUCAGCAACCCCAGAUCAUCCACUCUCCGCAUUGUCAACAGUCCCAUUCUAGCCAUCAAAUCCAGUGCAUAACAGAAAAUGACUCAAAUAUUGGGCAUGAACUCUGCCAUGGUGGCUCAAGCCAGCUACAUGAGCAGGUGAUAAUUCAGGAUGAUGGCCCUGAAAAAUUGGAUCCCAAAUAUUUUGGAGAGUUGCUUGCUGACCUAAGCCGCAAGAAUACAGACCUAUAUCACUGCUUAUUAGAACAUUUGGAGAGGAUUGGAGGAAGCAAACAAGACUUUGAGUCUGCAGAUGCAUCAGAAGACAUUGAGUCAUUGAUUCCUAAAGGACUGUCAGAGUUUACAAAACAGCAAAUUCGUUAUAUUCUGCAGAUGAGGGGUAUGUCUGAUAAGUCACUGAGACUAGUGUUGUCCACAUUUAGCAACAUACGGGAAGAACUCGGACAUCUUCAAAAUGACUUGACAUCUCUGGAAAAUGACAAGAUAAGACUUGAGAAAGACUUGGCAUUCAAAGAAAAUCAAAUAAAAGAGUAUGAAGAACUCUUGGCAUCGGUGAGAGCAAAUAAUCGCCAACAGCAACAAGGACUUCAAGACUCAAGCUCAAAAUGUCAGACAUUGGAAGAAAAUAACCUUUCUCUUCGACAUACACUAUCAGACAUGGAAUACAGACUAAAAGAACUAGAGUAUUGUAAACGUAAUUUAGAGCAAGAGAAUAAAAACCUUAGAAUACAGGUCUCUGAGACUUGCACAGGCCCGAUACUACAGGCUAAAAUGGAUGAGAUUGGCAACCAUUAUAUGGAGAUGGUAAAAAACUUAAGAAUUGAGAAAGACAGAGAAAUCAGCAAGCUAAGGUCUCAAUUAAACCAGUACCAAAAGGAUGUUUCCAAAAGAGAAGGAAGUUGCAGUGACUUCCAAUUCAAGCUUCAUGAACUAACAAGCUUGCUAGAAGAAAAGGAUUCUCUUAUAAAGCGUCAAUCAGAGGAACUCUCAAAGUUGAGACAGGAAAUAUAUUCAUCCCAUAACCAACCCUCCAGUGUUGGAAGGACAACAAUCACCACAAAAAAGUACAGGACACAAUAUCCAAUCCUAGGUCUCCUGUAUGAUGACUAUGAAUAUAUACCACCAGGAAGUGACACACAGACUAUCGUGAUUGAGAAAACUGAAGAUAAAUGGACUCAUGUAAGUUUAUUUGGGCGUUUCUAG